AUGGCCUGCACGCUCCCCUCGGAAAAGGUCUUUUCUAUACAGAUUGGCUCCGAGCUAUUUCGUCUCUCGGGUGCCUCAAUUGCCUCCGAUGCUCCAUCCUACUUUUCGCGCUUUUUCGAGGAUCAGUUAAACCAGAAUCACGAUGUCGCCAAUAUCAGAACUCUCUAUAUCGAUCGUGAUCCCACUACGUUCCGUGAGAUUGCGAGGCAUCUCCAGGGCUACCAUGUCCGGCCACAGGAUGGCGCGCAAUUCGUGAAACUCUUCGCAGAUGCGCAAUUCUAUACAUUACCGCGAUUAAUGUCACAGCUCUUCGAGGCCGAGUGCUUUAUCGAAAUCGGCGAUCGUCACUUCCAGAUCCCCCGUGAUAUCUUCUCCAGUCCUGGUGACUCGCCUAAUUUCUUCACUCUCGGGUUCGCCGCCUUCUUCGCAUCACCGUCCGAGGUAUUCCCUGGUUUGGACCGUCAAGGUCUUUUGCGCCCUCCGGCCAUUGUACCCCCAAGUGUACCGAAUCGAUCUGCAGAUAUCUUCAAUGAACUGCUUCAUAUGCUGCGUGGAUAUCCAUUGCAUAUUCGGAACGCAGAUCAUCGAGCGGCUCUCCUACGCGAUUGUCGUUACUUCCACUUACGUGGCUUGGAGCAGCGGUUAAUCGCGCAUCAGAUUACAGCCAAUCCCUUCAGUCAACGAUCUGAGAUUACCAUCCGACUUGAGGAUGUGCGACCGUCAGGCCUACGGUUUGUGUAUAAUGCUACCGAGACUGGUGGCAGAGUCACGUAUGCACGCCCUUUUGUGGAUGAGAAGGCGGCCGACCUGGUAGUAGAAAUCGGUGACGAGUCCAGCUUGGUCGAUGCAGCCAAUAUGCGCACCAAUUUCAUAGGUCUCGCGAAACAAAGAUUCGCCGGUCUAUUACAGGCCAUAGCCAAAAAGAUGAAUUUGCCCGAUUCUCAUCUACCAUUGGGACCUACCCCCAUCAAUAUUCGUAUCGAUCGAGAAACUGACUUGACAGUGGAUGGCCAACAAGACUCUCAAUAUGUCGCCUUGUUAGGACCAAAGGCGGACAAUGAUGAUGGCACGCCUCCGGCUAAGCGUCGGCGAUCAGAGCAUACCCUUGAUGCCUGGGUUGUUCGAACCGGACAAUGGCGAGUGGAGUUACAAACCGGAGCUACAGGUGCGCUUGAAGCUAUUUUGGUUGCGGUCAAAUUGGACGUCUAUUCCAAGCAGCAAGUUCGGAACCGGUCGCGGACGUUCCUUUAG